CAUUUCCAUGCACAUGGCUCCUAGAGGCAAUUCCAACUUAUAGAAAGCAGCUCAAUCCAUUGUGCUUUUCGUCCGCGGCUUUAGUUCAGCGAUUAAAAAAAAAUAAUAUAUUAUAAACUUAAGACAAGAAAACGGGGAAGUUUAAGAGAGAGCGCGCGCGCGCGCGUGUGUGUGUGUGCAGCCUGCAUCGAGUUGCGUGUUGCAUUGCGCAUUUUGGACAACCUGUGGCAGCAGGUAACGAAGCCCGAACUCGCUGCAAUCAAGGAAAUAGGAAAAGCAUUGCUUCAGGGCAUUUCAGGUGAAGAAAACUUGAGUUUCUUUACUGGGGGAAAAAACUACUGGAGCACCUUUUUCAGUUGGGCACCUGAUACUGGAGGAUCAUGUAAAGCUCCUAGUCAACAGAGGCACGAGUUCUUUGAGCACGAGGCGCCUAAAGCAGCACCUAAACAACCUCUAUCUCCAGACACAUAUUCUGGUUUAGUGUGGACACCUUGGCUAAACAGGACAAAAGCCCAGGACAUAUUGGAAUACGAAAGAAGCAGAACCAUCCAUGGGAGUGAUGUCUCACCGAAGGUGCAGAGCCUCAGAAAUGUGUGAUGGUGUGUGAGCAUUUGCCAUGGGACAGAAGAAACUUUGGCUUCUGUGUGUCACAUUUGCUUCUUUCUUCUUCCUUACAAAUCCAUCACCGACUGCUGAAACGGUGGUGAAAGGAAGAGUAGGGGGGACUGUAGAAAUGGGCUGCACCCUCCCCUCUUUAUCAGAUGGGGUCAUGACUCCGAAUUUAUUCCCUCUGCACGUGGUUGAGUGGGUGCGGCUGAGCUACAAUGUCCCCAUUCUUAUUAAAUUUGGAGACUACACACCACGUGUGCACCCAAAUUAUAAAGGCCGUGUGUCUCUGUCUCGAGGAGCUUCUUUAGUUGUUGAUGGCUUGACUAUGGAGGAUGAAGGCUGGUUUGAGUGUCGCAUACUUUUCCUAGACCGAAGCGCUGAUGAGUUUAGAAAUGGGACGUGGACUUUCCUGUCAAUCACAGCUCCACCAGUGUUUAUACAGAUACCCCCUUCCUUUGUGGAGGUCCUUCUGGGAGAAUCACUCACCCUUAACUGUGGCGCACAUGGCAACCCAAAACCAACAGUCACCUGGAGAAAAGAGGACAACACAGUGGAGGAAGAAGACAAGAUUGAGGUAAUCAGUGGAACCUUAUCUUUGGUCAAGGUAACCAGGGAAACUGCAGGAAUGUACAAAUGUCACGUAUCCAAUUCUGAAGGAAACUUGACUCACAUUACCCAGCUAGAGGUUAAAGGUCCUCCAGUUAUUGUUAUUCCCCCUGAGGACACUACAAUGAACAUGUCUCAGGAUGCAGUUCUGCAAUGCCAUGCUGAUGCAUACCCAUCUAACCUCACUUAUGAGUGGCAGAAAGAUGGACAAAAUGUCUAUAAUGUUGAAUCUCUAAAGUCUCGAGUAAAGAUUCUGGUGGAUGGUACUUUACAUAUUUCUGAGCUAAUUCCUGAAGACACAGGAAACUACACCUGCAUUCCGUCUAAUGGGUUACUGAUGCCACCCCUUGCUUCUGCCUACCUCAAAGUGCAACAUCCUGCACAGGUGGUGCAGAUGCCCAGGGAGACUUACCUCCCUUCUGGCAUGGGUGGAACACUUGUGUGCCCAGUUCAAGCUGAGCCUCCACAGCUCUUUGUAAUCUGGACCAAAGAUGGUGUCACACUGGACCUACGCCAGUACCCAGGAUGGAUGAUAAACUCAAAAGGCUCUGUGUUCAUAGCAACAGCUAAUGAUGAUGCAGUAGGCACAUACACCUGCACUGCCUACAACAGCUAUGGGACUAUGGGUCAAUCUGAACCCACCAAAGUAGUUCUAAAGGAUCCCCCAACAUUUCUGGUGUCUCCCGAGGCUGAGUACCUGCAGGAAGUUGGUAGAGAGCUCGUCAUUCCCUGCCAAGCAUAUGGGGAUCCAGCACCUAAAAUCACCUGGACAAAGGAUAUUUUGGGUCUUGUAUUUCAGGUUGGGAGUUCUCUUUGGUCUCCAUUUACUGUUUCAUCUAAUGGUUCUCUGGUUCUGCACCCAGUCACCAAAAACCAUCAAGGGACAUGGGAGUGUCAUGCUACUAACUCACUAGCCACAGUCAGUAAAGGCACUGUGGUUCUAGUGUUAGGCACAAGCCCCCAUGCCGUGACUGCAGUAUCUAUUGAGCCAGGCAUCAACAAUGCCAAUGUAUCCUGGGAGCCUGGCUUUGAUGGAGGAUAUACCCAGGAGUUCAGCAUUUGGGUGAAGCCCACUAAUAGAGGAAAACAUGAAUGGACCUCACUCCCAGUCCCCAUAUCUGAAUCCAGCCUGCUGGUGACAGGUCUUCAGCCUAUUACCAGUUAUCAGUUCAGCAUCUUGCCCCAAAACAAGCUGGGCUCUGGCCCAUUCAGUGAGAUCAUCACCAUCAUGACCCUGGCCCCUUCAACAGACCAACCCACUUUAGUAAAUGCAGUUCUACUCGCUCCCACUUCACUGUCAGUCAAUUACACAGAAGUGGGUGUGCUGCUGCAGUGGCUGCUGCCCCCUGCUCAAUCUCCACUGAUCACAGCCUUUAUGAUCCAGGCAAGGCAGGAGAAUGGCGAAUGGGUUGUACUUGAUAGAGAAAUCAAUGCGAAUGCUACAGAAAUACUUGUCCAAGGACUGGCAAGAGAUUCUUGCUAUGAGCUGCGGCUGCUGUCGUAUGGAUAUAGAAUAGUCAGUGAUCCCAGUGAAACAGUCAAUAUCACAACUAAAGGUAUGGAAGUAUACCCAGCUCCACCCAGCUUGAUGAAUUUUGUCACUCAGCCUCUGAUGGCUGGUGUGAUUGCGGGUGUGUGCUUUCUAUUUGUGACUAUCACUCUUUCAGUGGUGACAGCAUGUUUUAUGAAACACAAGAGGGAGAGGCGCCACAGGAAGAGACGAGAUGUCAUCUCGACUGCCUUACAGAAGGCCCGAACUCCACAAGCUAGCUUGCCUAAUGGCAGUCCCAACAGCAUAUUGAAGAUGAAGUUAUGCCCUCCACUUAACUUUUUUCCCAACUCCUCUUCUUCUUCGGACCGCUCAUCUUUUGACAAGGGCAGUCGCAGCGAGUAUCAGGAUCAGAAGAAGCAACUUCUUCCCUCAUCACCUGCACCACCAUGCUAUACUCUCUUUGAAAGCCACCUUGGUGGUUCCCCAUCUUCACUCACUGCCAUCGAGUCUAUAUCAAGAGGGCCUGAUGGCCGAUUCAUUGCCCAAACACAUUUAGAAGAUUCUGUCUCAAUGCACAAUAAAACAAAAAAAGAAUUGCAUCAGUGCCCUGUACAAGAUAACCAUGCAGGAAGCAAGAGCAACUCUUUCCGAGGCUCUCCUAAAGCUUGUUCAUUUAGGCCAGAGAAGUUGGUCUGUCAAGAAGAUCUGCUAUCAACAGUGCAGGACAGCUAUAGCAAAUCUUUAAAACAGAGGAAAGAGCAAGAGUACAUGGAAAGCUGCAUAACCAGCCACAAGGCAGAAAUAUAUGAGAAGGAACAGAGGCAGACUAAGUCAGCAAGUCCUGUUAGAAGAUGGGCAGGGCUUGAGUUAGAACCCAUCUCAAAACUUCAGGACAUUCCUCUUCGGAAAAAAGCUCAGAGACCUAGCAGCCUUACUCAACAAAUUUCAGAAUAUCGGAAAGGUUGUUAUUUUGGCAAUACCAGCAGUCCUAUGGAGAGGCUACUCACCUCAACCUCUCCAUACAUUCAAUGGGACAUAAGCCCUGUGACCUCUCCCACCAGCCAGGCUCCUGUUCUAAACCUUUUAGAGGGGAACACACCUGACCGUAUACUCCUGGAGACACCAAACAGAGAUUUGAAUGGUGUAGAAGACUCGGCAGCAAAAGACAUUUCACAUUCACAAUUUACACAGUGUAUCUCCCUCUCAAUCCAUUCCCACCAAAGGGACAGUCUUUCCUGCUAUGAGACAGAUGUAAGUAAAGCACUGGCCAAAUGCUCAGAGAGACCAAUAGACAGGGAGCUUUCCAGCACAAAGAAUUUAACAGAGGAUGAUGGGAUUCAAGAAGGGGAAAUAAAGACACAAGCAUAUGUCUCUAUGUCCACAUGCUCUGAUCUCUGCCACCUUCAGAAUCCUAGAGCAUUUGUACAGAAUUCACUGUACUCUGAUGAAAGGGAUAAAGACUCCAGGCCAAAUGGACACCUCCCAAAUCCAGGCUCUAACUUGAGCCACAGUUUUACUGGUAGUAUCACAAUUACCUAUGAUAACCAGAAGAUUAAUAGUGAGAUCAAAACUGGAGACAAGCCCAGAUCUUUAUCUUUGCAGCCCGAAGAAGAGAAAGAGGGCAUCAGAUCACGGUCUCGCAAAAGUGACAAGUGUGUCUUCAGUGUUAGCCCCAAUCGCAUUUCUCCUUUGCCCCUUUUUGAAAAUGAAGUUGAAAGUGAUCAUUCUCAUUUCUCUGUUGGAUUAUCUGAAUCAUUGAAAGCCAAGAGGAUGUCUCCUCUGCAACCAAGCACUAUUUUGGAGUAUUUGAGCCUGCCAGGCUUUGUUGAGAUGAGUGUAGAUGAACCUACUGAGGACUAUCAAAGUGCAGAAUCUACUUGGCUCAGCACCAAACAAGUCAAUGGAACUCUAAUAAGAGGUGAACCUGAUGUGGUACCUAAGAACUGGGAGAAUCAAGGCCAUUACCAGGUAGAGGCAUGUGAUGAUCAGCAAAACAGAAUUUUGGUGGAUCAUAAAAUACCCAAUAAUCCUAAAGAAAGUUAUAUACCAGAAAAAGCAACAAAUUUUAAUUCCUGUGUAGAGCUGGCAGGAAAAAAUACAAGUAUAAAUUCAGGGUCCUCAGAGACUAAAUGUUUUUCAAAACAGUACGUAGCUCAUGAAGGAAGAUGUCUCCAGCCAUUACUAAGUCACAAAAGCAUUGUUUUUGACAAACCCACAUCCUUGAGUCCAGCAAAGCCUCUAGUAAAUGCUAAAAUCGUUUAUAAUAUCCCUUAUCAAAAUAAGAGUACGGAGAAAUCUUUAUCAGAAAAUGCUCAGUGGUGUCAACUUCAGAAUAAGAGGACUAACCAAGUAAGUGCACGAAUCUCUCAGGCACCUGUGCCUUUUAUGAAGAAAUCAAUCAGCAUUGGUCCAUGUAAGACACUUGUCAGUAUGGGGCAGCCCUGUCCAUAUCUUAAAAAAUCUGCUAGUUUAGGGUCUCAGAAUUGGGAGCAUCAGCAAAGCUCCAGGACAUAUGUCUCUAAUAAUUACCACAAAGAUGAGCUACCCCAUCUUAGUGUUAAAGACAGGUCAUACAAUUUGGGUUGCACACCUGCAAAUACCUAUUUGAGGCCUGGUCAAGUGACAGGGCAUGCAAAAUCUUACAGUGGCUAUGGUUUGGAGAGACCUUACUACAGUGAGAGGCCAUACAUGAGUAAUUCAUCUUUCAUGCAUACACAUAGGCCAGCAGUCCUUAAUCCACCAAAACAUUUAGAACCUUACAGACAAGAGUUAGAUCCACGUCGACAAGCCACAGUCUUUUCAGAGUCUCCAAGGUGUGCACCUUCUUAUCAAGAGACCCUCAGAUUAGUCCAACACAGGUAUGUUCCCCAUGGGCCUCCUCACCCCCUUAGUGCGCCUAGAUUAGCAAGGUGGGACCAUGCUCGUCCUAUGGAUUUCAGAAAAGUUUUCAGAGACCAUACUUACCCAGGGGUUACAGCUGGCCCUCACCCCACCAAGCAGCUUUUCCCCCAGGGGAGAUUCAGAGAGAACUGUAUGGGGUGGUGGAUAUGGUCGAGGGCGGGGACACUAAUGGAGAGGGUGUUCGAUCCAGUUAUGCCAGCCAGAGCAGUGGUAGGGGGAGUGCAGGGCCAUUUGCACAUCUCCGUCAGUCCCUUUCAAUCACUCCUACAUUACUGAGCUCUCCUGAGACUACAGAAGAGUGGCGCAAGAGAGAAUCAUGCCUGAGAGACCGAAGGUCAAAAAGGUGAAUUACAUCUUUAGCAACAUUUUCAUUGGAGCCACAUAUUGUUUGGAACACAUUGCAUGUUUUAUAUUUGUCUAUGGUAGGAAUACAUCAGUAGAUGAGAGUUAUGAGUUUGAUGCUACUGAAUGCCGGAUAGGCCGUGACCUCCUGGAGGCCGUGAAGAUUGAGGAGACAGACAUGGGGCAAGGGAGGGAACUGAUUCAUGAUAGGUGUCUUACCAGUACUGGCCUCCAGGGUUUUGAGGAAAAAGGCCCUUUUGUUAGUGGUUCCUUAGCCUCCCAGCCUCCUCAGCAACAAUUUAGUCAUUCACUUAGUGAAGCACGUUUCUGUGCCCUCAUGCAAGAGUUCCAUGAGUACCGCAGGACCAAGGAAUCCUACUCCCAAGACCCCCACCCCCUCCUGGGCCCCAACCAUGAUUCAGAGUCUGCUCUGUUUUGAGGACCUUAUCUCACUGUUAGCUUUGAACACCACACUAUGAUUAGAGAUGUGCCUUAUAUGAAGCUAAUGCUUUGUAUAUAAUGGUCAUAAGUUUUAUGUUACUGAAUGUAAAAACUUUGUCAGUGUUAGUGUGUUAUACUUAAUGCAAUUUGGCAUUUCUGAGAAUGAUGGAAGGUAUUUUGCUGAUUAUGCCAAUUUGCUAUUACCACCAGCCAUGAUACUGAUUUUGUUUCUGUGAUAGCUGUUUAAUGUUCUCAGGUGUUUUAUCAUAUUUAUGAUAUCAGGUGCUGGAUAUUCAGAAGCUAAUUUUGCAAUUCUUUUUUGGGAAAUGUAUCAUGUAUGGUAUAGCAUAUUGGCUGUAUUCCAAUUUAAAAAUUUAACUGUGACAUACAGUUUACCAGAAUCACUCAAAUCAUUUUAAAUGCAUUUCUCACUGUGAGCAUCACCGGAGACUUCAAAAUCUUUGUUUGUUUGUGAAAAUGUACUUGAUAAUACUUUGACUUCAUCACAAAAUAAUCCAAACCAUAAAUACUAUACAAGUGCUUAGACAAUCUUUUUCUGCAGCCUAAAAAUGAGACUGCAUUUAUUGCUCUUACAUGUACUGUGACUGUCAAUAUUUAAAUUUUUUUGUCUCCCAUACUAUGUAAUUAUUUUAUGGUAAUGUGUACAACUAUUUGAAUUUGCUUGAACUUAAUGUUUGCAUCCUUUACUUACAUUGUGACAUCAGUAUAUGUGAUAUCGAAUAAGAUCGCUUAUAUAACUUAAACUGUUGAAAGUCUGUUUGGAGAAAAAGCUCUUGAAUAUCGGGUCAUAGCUGCAACAGCUCAUGAAUAGUGUAUAUAUAUAUUUUCUUAUUUUCAUGAAACAUGAAACAACAGAAUAUUGAAUUAGAUUACAAAAGGAACAUGUUUAAAUUACAUCAAAGCAUUUCACUGCAUGUCGCACUCUGUAUGUAUGUGUAUGUGACAAAUAAAAUUUGAUUUGAUUUCUAUGAAAAGUUGCAUAAAAAAGUUAAUUGAACUUUUAUUAAUAGUGUCUGAUUUUUGUUAAAAUAUAAGUAUCACCUGGGGGUUUAAUGUAGUGCUAGUGUACAAUUAUAGCAUAGGUACAGCAUUGUACCAGUUGUUUUAACAUAGUUUAUUUUUCCCUGCAACUGCUCAUAGUAUGGCUAUCAAAAGGCACCCAUGCUGCAAUCUUUGCAAACUUAGAUUUUCAAAUUACAAUUGUUCCUAACUGGGGCUUUAAGCAUGUUUCUUGCUGUAUCAUUCAUGUUAUUUUCUGUUUGUGCAAAUAAUGUAUAAAAGAGUUAAAGUUCAGUCAUCAAAUUGUAAAUAAUAUGUUGUCUUGUUCCAUUCAGCUACUUUACUACUGCUCUUUUUAAAUGUAUUUAUUUUAUACAUAUAAAGAACAGACAAAAUUCCUUAUUUUAUGGUUCACCCAGUGCCUUAUGAGGUUGUAAAAAUUGUUGUCUAACUGUAGUCGGUUUAUAACGUCACCAUGCCACAGUUUAUUUUUUACAGGUUAUUUUUGUACAGGUUUUGACUGUGAUAAAGCAUGUAUGUGAGAUUUUUUUGCAUGUAAAUAUGUUACUUUCGCACUAAGCCUUUAUUUUACAGUUGUAUAUAGUAAUUUGUACCUGUGAUAAAUACAGUGUGUGUGUAUAUAUAUAUAUAUAUAUAUAUAUAUAUAUAUAUAUAUAUAUAUAUAUAUAUAUAUACACACACACAUACAUUGUUUUAAUAGCAGUUUUUUUUAAGAAAUCUAUUUUAUAUUUAAAAUACUUCAUGUAAAUUUGA